AUGAAUGAGAGGCCGGGAGGAUGCGGGGCGGGGAGAGCGGACGCGGGGCCCGGGUCCGAGGACCAAAGGACCCGAGGAGGCCGUGGAAAGGCGAGGAGCGGCGUUCGACGCGCCCGGUGGCGGCGGGAGGAGGGGCUGCAGGUGGGGAGAGGCGCCGGCUGCGCGCCGCGGCGCCCCUGCGGAGAGGGCGGCCGACUGCAGCACGCGCGGCUCCGGCUGCCCGCGCCCGCCGGGGUCCAGGUCGCGAAACCCCCGCGCUCGGGGUCCGGGCCGCCCACGCCAGGCAGGCCUGCGCCGCCUCCUCCUCCUCGGGGCCGCGGCGUCUCGUGCCUGCGCGGGGCUAGCGUGGGCGCCGGGGCCGCAGCCGGCGCGCGCGACGCGCGGGGGCCCGCAGGAGCCCUGGGGGCCGAGGAGCUGGACGCUCGCCGGCGCACAGCCUCCUCCUCAUGCCGCGCGGGGCCCCGGCGUCCCCCGGCGGCCGCGGGAGCCGAAUGCAGGCGAGGGCGGCGUCCCGGCCAGCGGCGAGCGCGCUCCGGCUCCGGCUCCUGCCUCCGCCCGCUGUCGGCCCGGCCGCAAGGGCGGCAACCGCAGCAGCAUUACCGCCGCCGGCCCGGGGUGAAGCGCCCCCGCCGGCGCCGCCCCCGCACGGCCCGCGGACACCAGGCGGAGAGCCGCGGGUCGCCUUGCGCUGCGGGCAGGGCCGAGGAGCCCAAACAGAGGGCGGUCCGGAGCCGUCGGAGCCGCGUCCGGGUCGCUGAAGAGGCGAACUCCAGAGGGCGGGGGGAGCCGCGGAAGAACACGGGCUCGGCGACGCGGCCGGAGACCCCCGAGGGCUCCGCGCGCUCGCUCGGAACUGCAGGCGGCGCUGCGCCGGCCGCGAGGAAACCUGGCGGCCCCCUCCCACCCCUACCCUCCCCUCGCCCGAAACACCGCGCCUCCUGA